GAGAGAGAAAGAGAAAUGAUUUAUUUUGCUUUGCUUUGUAUGCAGAAACUCUGCUGGUUUUAUUUUCUUUUAAUAAAUCCUGUAAAUAGUUAUUCUGCAUCUAGCCGACUAGUCAUUUCCACCUCAACUUGCUUCUGCGCUGUGCAGGAAAACUCUGCUACGUUUGGGCUAAAGCCACUAGAGCUAUUCCCGACACUUCAAAAUUCUAAGAGUUUAGUCGUGUCUGACUCUUCGUGACCCUAUGGACCAUAGCACGCCAGGCACUCCUGUCUUCCACUGCCUCCUGCAGUUUGGUCAAACUCAUGUUGGUAGCUUCAAGAACACUGUCCAACCAUCUUGUCCUCUGUCAUCCCCUUCUCCUAGUGCCCUCAAACCCUACUAUUCUGAUUCAUUCAAUCUUAAAUUUGUUGUAUGGCAUUACAGGGUAAUGCAGAUACAAAAAUACAAGGACGUACACUACAUCCUAUGCCCUUUUAAAAUGUGUUUUUUUGUUGGGGGGGGCUAUUGGGUUGGUGUUUUUAUUUUUAUGAUGUAUUUUGUGGUUGUAUAUCUUGAUUUUAUUCCGUGAACUGCCCUGAGGACCCCCCCCCCCCCCCGGGUAUAGGGCGGUGUAUAAAUUCAAGUAAAUAAAAUAAAUGUUCUCCAACCAGGAAGCGAAGGAGUUCCAAGGACACAUUUCCAGCCAAGCAGAAAACACUUGGUGGAGCAGGGCUGGUGAGAUGAUGUAGCUAGGGAAAGGAUGUGGCUUGGGCACAGUUUCAGGGGCCAGGUUGAGGGGUCUGGAGGGCCACCCCGAGGCUCCCCAUCCCUGCCAUAGGGUGGACAUAUGCAAAGGAAGGCAGGGAUUACAUGCCUUCAAGAGCUCUGUAGAAAGAAAGAAUUUUGGCAAAGUUCUGCUUGUGUUCAUGUGGAGGUUAGAAAAACUAGCUGCCAGAAAUUCACUGUCUGUUACUUACUUACUUACAUGCCUGCUUUCCACAGUUCAAACCAUGCUCAAGGCUGCUUGUAAGAUGAAAUGAAUGCAAAACUACAACAUAACCAAAGUACAGUGGUACCUUGGUUCUCAAACUCAAUCCGCUCUGGCGCAGCUUCUGAUUGGCUGAUUGGCCCCGGAAACAAUGCCGACAGCCGAAACAGACGCUUGGCUUCCGAAAAACGUUUGCGAUCCGGGACACUUUUACUUCUGGGUUGGCGGCGCCUGGGAGCCGAUUUGUUCAUCAGCUAAGCCGUUCGGGAACCAAGGUACCACUGUAGUCAUAAACAAUAAAUGAAACAUUAAACAAAAAAUACAAAACCAAACUGAACCAUUUCCACAUAAAGCGCAACAAAGUCUAAAGUAAAGAUACAACAAACCACCAGCAGCAACAACCUCACCCACCACCAACACCCCCCCCCCCAUACCAAUUGUGUCACAUUGCUUCAUCAUUAUUGUCUCCCGCGAAGGCAUAGAUAGCUUAAGAAAGCAAGGAGGGACGUGGCUGAUAUAUCAAGUCAGGGGAUCUAUUUCAUAGAGUGAACAAGGUUGGAUUAAUUAGGGGAAAGCACUUAAAAACCUUCAAGUACUUAAUUGUGCAAUACCCUAUGCAGCAGAAUGGGAGAAAGCUGGGUUUAUUAUCGAACUUCUUCAAGAGUUGUCAGUUAGUCAUUAGCUGUGGCUGCAUGACCCAGUUGGACUGGUUAGAUUGCAUUCCCAAAGGAUGAUGAAGACAAGUAGCCUUAAGGAUCAUUGGAGUUAUUUUUUUAAAAAAGACUUUCAACAGGACUGGACAACUUCUGGCCCACCAAGCCAGUUGUAUUUUGUGGCCUGUUAGGCGUUUGGUACUCCUGUUUUGUUGGUCCAAGGAAAAGGAAUAGGUAUAACAUGAGAAUUCCUGGAUGCCAAGAUCCAGGUUUGAUGCAAGCACUCUUUGGUGAGAGAAUUUCAGCGGAGAUUUAAAAUCACAAGAGAUGCAGAAAAGCAAAGUGUGGAAAUAUAAGCUGUUAGACCAUUAAACUAUACCAUUCAAAGUUCCUUCCAAAAUUUCCCACUUCCCCUAGCAUAGAAAAAGACCACAUGUUUGGCGAGUUAAAAAUGGUUUACUUACAAGCUCUCCAAAGGUCCGUUUCAUGUGCCUCAGAAAAGUUGUGCAGCAGUAAAACUUUCACAAAGUGGUGAAAGUUCCAAAAUUAUUGGUAUAGGAACUCAGGAGUGGCUUGUGGUUGCCAUAUGGUCUGCCAUAUGGUCUGAACCAGCUCAAAUCUCUUUAUAUGUUCAGUUUCUCAGGUAGACUGAGGGUGAACAAAGGCGUGAUUACUUAGUUCCUCCCAAGGUGAGGGGAAGUGGACAUUGCUAAGCCUGACAGGACAGCUUACUCUAUGGUAUUAACCCCUUCAUGCAUUGGUUAGAGUUAAGCAUGUUGAUUAUAUGCAGCUGUUUAUCCAACACAUUUUACUGCUGAGGAGGCAAGUGUGGAAGGAGAUAUUCCCUAAGAUCAGGCCCAUGAUCCCUAGCUAACAGGACCAGUGGUCGGGGAAGAUGGGAAUUGUAGUCUCAAAACAUCUGGAGGGCCGAAGUUUGGGGAUGCCUGCCUAAGAUAGUCAGAACCCAGGGAGAUGAGAGUUUUCAGGCCGAAAGCAGUACUUGGCCUAGAAACAUAGGUAACCAGUGCAUAUGUUUCAGAAUACGGAAGAUAUGGGUACAGUAUGCUGACUCUAACCUGCCAAUAGUUGAGCAUUUUGUGCUAGCAGGACUUUCCCAACAAUUUUCAAAGGCAUUCUUAUGUUGAGCACAGAGCUGUACUGCAACCUGGGCAUUUUAUUUGUUUGUUUAUGUUAGCUCACCUGUCCUCCAAUUUGCUAGGCUGAGGGGCAGUGACUGUCUCGCCGUCACCCAGGGAUCUUCACUGCUGAGUGGGGAUUUGAACCUGGGUUUCCCAAAUCCUAGUCCAGUGCUCCUAACCACUACACCACACUGGAUCUCACCCCAGCAUGAACAAUGUUCGCCGAGCGAGCUUCUGUUUACCCGAAGCAGCUGUAGCUGGCACAUCAGCUGAAAUUGAUAGAAGGUAGCCUAGCUCACAAUAGGAGCAGGGUGGAACCCAGCAGUUGAAGCCAUCAACCUGAAUAUUACAGGGGAGUGUGACCCCCCACCCAUACCAGUCAUAUCACCCACAAAUGGGUCUACUGAGUUCAAUCCAGAUAAAUCAGAAUUGAUAGCAAAGCACUCAUUAGACCAGUUGGCUGGGGAUAUGUCUAGUCUGGGUGGGAUCACACCCCCUUGUAUGGUUCACCCAUAUCCGGUUCCAGGAUUUCAACUUAUUAUUGAGAAGAUGCCAACAAGUUGCAAUAAUACUUCAUAAUAAAUGACUACUAUAAAGGACAUAGCGUUUGUUAUUUUCCUUUUCCACUUAUUUAAGGAACAGACAUUUAGAGCUACCUAAUGGAAAUAACACAAGCUUUUUUUUUUUUUAAAAAAAAUGUGGACUCUGACCAAGGGUAUCCCAUCAUACUUCAAUAAAAGCAAAUAUACAACUUCAAAGUAAUGCCAUUGUUGAGUCACAAUGAACGGAAGUUCUGAAUGAUGCCUGACGUACAGAGCCCUUUCUUCCAUUGUUGAGUUUUACUGUUAGGAGAAAAGUAUUUAAUCUUCCUGUGGCCAAUUAUCACUGACUUAACACCUUUGAAGUGCAGAGUUUUGCAACUUUUGUUUUCAUUCUCAUGGCAACCCUGUGAGAUAAGUCACUGAGAGAGGUCAAUCCCAGGUGGGAAUUUGAACCUGGAGCCUGCACCACAUACUACUGUACAGCCCAUUGGUUCUGCACAAUUGAAUAAAGUCAUCCGGUAUCUGUUAAUUGUCAUUUAGUUUGGUCUCCUAAGGUGACAAUGUAUAAGUGUGAAACAUAUGAACAGCCAGUUCUUUAAGAAUUCAUUGUGAUUAUGUAGUUCUUUCAAAAUACCCAUACAGGGGGUGGCAUACAUGGGAUGAAUAGCUCAGUCGGUAGAGCAUGAGACUUUUAAUCUCAAGGUUGUGGGUUCGAGCCCCAUGUUGGGCAAAAGAUUCCUGCAUUCCAGGGGGUUGGACUAGGUAACCCUUAUGGGCCAUUCCAACCAAACAACUCUUGAGGACAAUACAUUACACCUGCAUAUUGUGUGCAGGCUUUAUUGUGCACACAGCUUUUAUUUUGGGUUUGUGCAUGGAUGUAUACUUGGGCAAACUUCUGUUGACCCAUAUUUCUUGUGGCGGAGGGGGGAAGCAGGUUUUAUCCCUCCCCAAUAUUUGCCCUGAUUGCCCAGUGUGGUAAUGCAAGCAACAGAGAACAAACACCAUCUGCGUAGUCCCAUCUUUGGAUCCAUACAUUGGAGUAUGGUGCAACAAUGGUGGGGAAACCUUAGGCUUGUAGGAUCUACUUUAAUUUGUACUGGGACUGUGAGAGCCAUCAACUUGAGCCAAAUGCAAGAGACAUAGACUAAGAAGUAAAGACUCCUGAGCCCCGGAAUUGGGUUUGAGGCCCAGAAUUGAAUGGAGCUCAUAGUCUUUCCACACACAAAUCUGUUCUUGGUUACCCCAAGCUUUCAUCAUUUCAGCUGUAUAAUUAAAGACAGAGCAGGGCUUCCUUUGGUAGAUAGCUUUGCUAAAUAACUGAACCUCAGAAAUCCUUGCUGAUCAUGCAGGAAUCUAGCAGAAGAUUCAGAUCUACCUUCCACCCACCCUUGUGUUAUGAUAGUGAGUUAGUUUAAUAUAGUGAUAAGGGAUGGAACUAGGAAUCAAGUCAUCCCUCUACUGCCAUGAAGUUAGUAAGUAGGUAGCCUUAAGCAAACACACUCUCUGAGUCUCAUAUGUAAACAUAAUGGCAGUUGUUAGAAGUCUCCUUCCACCCUCUUUCAGAUCACCCAAAACACCACAGCACUGGAUCUCUUUACCCAUAUAUAGUUUUAAAAUGGAAAGUGGUGACAGCAAUAAUACUGAGGAGCCCAUGACCCAAGGAGCACCUGCAGACUAUUUUACUUUGCAGGAGUGCACGAUUGCGCACACUCAUUCUUUACAACAUGCACCAUAUAUGUUGGCAUGGUGUAAAUCUGUGAACGGCACCAAAAGCAGGAGGCAUCAUUAAUAUAUAAAAGGACUAACCGUGUGAACCAAAAAACUGGAGUUUCAGUGUUUUGCAUGGAAUUCUAGACUACAGAAUGUAAGGUCAUGGCUUCUGGGUCAGAUAAAUAUUUUUUGUUAUUGGUAUGGGACUGAUGGAUGGGGAGACAAAUCUUGGGAGUUGCUUGAUAACAACAAGCAGAUUUGCCUGGAGGUAGUUUGUCCUGCAAUGUACCAGCUCUUUAUCUGUAGUAGACUAGCUGGGAUUGUAUUUGUUGGCGUGUAGGGAGGUGACACUUCCAUAAGGUGACGUUGGAUUCAAUGGCCUUUAUGCUGUUCUCAACUAUGUGACUGUAUGAGAACCAUUUUUUAAAAGCGUAAAGAGACUACUGAGAAAUGCAUGUAUUAACAUAGCUGCCAAGUCUCCCGUAUUCCCCGGAAAACCCCCGUUUUUCCAGCUGUACCCAGCCGAAAAAACUGUUUUUUUUGUUUUCCCCCGGUUUAUUCUGGCGUGGCGGCCAUUUUGGAACUGGGCGGAGCAUGCUCAGAAGCGACUUUUGAUGCUGCUUUGCCCAGUUCCAAAAUGGCUGCAGUGCUACUUCCGUUCUGCUACUUCCGGUCCAGUCCCUUAUUUCUCAGGCCAGAACUUGGCAGGUAUGUGUAUAAAACACAUUUUCAUCUGAUUUUGUGUGUGUGCUAAAUUUGGUUAAAGUUUGGAAAGGGUCAGCACACCAUCUUGAUUUAAAAUUGUAUCCAAAUAUAGACCAGAACCACCUUGAUCUCAAGAACUACUACGCUUAGUGGGGUGAUGAGAUAUUCAGGGGUGUCCAAAUCAGUGCAGUUGGGAAUGUUUUGGUCUUCCAUCUUGAUCCAAAAUGGCAUCCAGUGGUUUCUAAACAUAGAACAAAGCCCACCAUUGUAUCAAAUUUGGUGAUAUCCUCUUCAGGAAUGUCCAAAUCAUUGCAGUUUGGAACAUUGUUGUCUUCCAACUUGAUUCAAAAUGGCAUCCAAACAUAGACAAAAACCAGCACCUCCAUUUUGGGAACUGUCAUGCCAAGUUUGGCAACAAUAUCUCUAGAGGUGUUUGAACGGACGGAGAACAGACAGAUAAACCACUUGCCAAAAUAUUGAUGUACCCCAAUCUCUGAGGAGUGCAAGAUUCCAGGGGUUCCAGGAGCUUACCCAGGGUUCAGUUUCCUCGGAAUGGGGGAUCAGUGGAGCCUGUGGUGUCUCUAGGAUGUGUAUAUGAUGGAUGGGUUCAGAGCGGGUGGUGCUGUGGUCUAAACCACUGAGCCCCUUGGGCUUGCUGAUCAGAAGGUCGGUGGUUCGAAUUCCUGCAACGGAGUGAGCUCCCAUUGCUCUGUCCCAGCUCCUGCCAACCUAGCAGUUCAGAAGCAUGCCAGUGCAAGCAGAUAAAUAGGUGCCGCUGUGGCGGGAAGGUAAACAGCAUUUCCAUGCGCUCUGGUUUCUGUCACGGUGUUCCAUUGUGCCAGAAGCGGUUUAGUGCUGCUGGCCGCAUGACCCGGAAAGCUAUCUGCGGACAAACACCGGCUCCCUUGGCCUGAAGGAGAGAUGAGCGCCACAACCCCAUAGUUGCCUUUGUCUGGACUUAACCACCCAGGAGUCCUUUACCUUUUGCCUUGCAGCAUUAACACCCCAAGAGGGUUUUCCUUCUCCCACAGCCAUAGCCAAGACAGGAUAUAAAUGAAAUAAGUAAAUACUACAUAAAUGUUAAUAUUAAGUGCAUGACUACCUAUAUUUCAUACAGCUUGCCUAAUGCUUUUUCUCAGCUUUAUGAGUGAAACAAUCCUGUGCAUGUUUACUUGGAGCUAAGUCCUUCAGUGUUCAGCGGCACUUGUGUAUCAAGUGUGCUUAGAAUUGCAGCUGUAAUUAAAUAUUGGUAGUGCUAUGAGAAUCCAGGUAAAAUGGCUGGGAUGUGAUAUGAUAUGUGGAGCAAUGGAAAUGUGUGUAGAAAUGGCAUAAUAUAAAUAUAAUGGUCUGUUUUGUAUAGCUCUUGAUAUUUCCUGAAAUGUAUGUUUGCACAAUUUUGCAUCUCGCCUUACUGCUUACACGGAAGAUGUCACCUUGUUUUCCCUUAAUCUUUCCAUUAUUGUUUUGAGUGAUGACUUUGCAACACCUCCGAACAAAGUAUUUGCUGUUCAGACACCAGGAAGUAAAGCUGCGUACAUGGUGUACCACUACAAUUUGGUUUUGCUAUAAUAAUAAAAGUUUCAGAAGUAUGGAAAUACCAAAGCUACGUCAAGCAGGACUCUUCAGAAGCAAUGACAAUUGGCAUGGGGUUGUCCUAAGAACACCAGAAGAUUCCCUCUGUGGGUUAGACCAGGUUUUUUUGAAAGGAAAAUUUAGAACUGCCCAGUGGUUAUAAUUCAUGUGCAAAGUGUGUGAUGAAACAACACCUACGGAUUUUCCUUGUGUGCAUAGACGGUGGUACCUUGGUUCCCGAACAGCUUUGUUGGCUCCCAAACACCGCAGACCUGGAAGUAAGUGUUCCGGUUUGAGAACGUUUUUUGGAAGCCGAAUGUCCAAUGCAGCUUUCGCUUGAGUGCAGGAAGCUCCUGCAGCCAAUCAGAAGCUGCGCCUUGGUUUUCAAACCGUUUCAGGAGUCAAACGGACUCCUGGAACAGAUUAAGUUUGAGAACCAAGGUACCACUGUACAUGCUGUCUUGCAUUCCAUGAUAAUUUAGAAUGCUACGAAGAGUAGGAGGACAGGUAAUAAGUGCUUCUAGAUUCCAUAUAGAGUAAAGAGGGAUCUUGGGACAGUUGAGAACUCAUACUCCCUAAAUGCCUCUUUGAGGUCAAAACAUGGUGGACUUUUGUCGCAGUGAGAAAUCUAGAUCUCCAUUUUUCUUCUUGAAGCUCAAAUUCAAUAAUUUUAUGCUAUGGUGAUACUUUCAGACAUAAAUGUUUCAUGUAGCUUUGCCACAAUAAGAUUCCUGUUAAAAACCCCAUGUUGGAUAUUUCUGACAAUGCCAUCCUUAUCAUGACAUCUCAGAAAAAGGCAGCCUGUGUUCUAUAAUUAUUUCCUUCAUAUUAUAAAUAGUGGUGAAUGCUCUGUGGAGAAUACCAGUGGAGUCUGCGUGGAGAAGGAAAAAUGGAUAUGUUUGUUCAGGGUCUUUUUCACAUUGUUCCCAGCAGCUUUUUUGCAUCACUUACCGGUAAUACAAUAUUUGCAUGGCUUGAAUUAUUGAACUGUCCAAGUGUUCUUUUUGAACUGCCUAUAAAUAUGGCAGGCACAUCAUUAAACAAAAGCAGCUGCUGACAUCACCAUAGCCUGAAAGCGAGAUGAGCACCGCAACCCCAUAGUCGCUUUGACGGGGCUUAACCGUCCAGGGGUCCUUUAGCUUUACCUUUUACACAUAGAUCUGUCACUGUUGUUGGAGAUAUGGUAGUUGGCUACAUGCCCCACUGGACAAUGAAAACAUUGCAAUAGUUAUCUCAGUGGUAAUUCUGAAAGACAAGUUAGGAAUAUUUUUAAAUACAGCGGUGCCUCGCUAGACGAAUGCCCUGUAAGAUGAAUUUUUCGCUUAAUGAAUAGGUUUUGCGAUUGGAGGUUGCCUCGCAAGACGAUGAGGUUUUCUAUGGCCACCACUUUGUCUUGUGAAGAGUGGCCAUAAAAACCUCAGAUCGCAAAACCUAGCGAAAGGGGCAUUUGUCUAGCGAAAGGGGAACUAGCUGUAGCAAGGGAAGAAGGCAAAGGAAGAUCAGCUGAGAGGCACUGCCGCGAGCAGUGAGGGGCAACCGGCAGAGACCAGCGGAACACUAGCGCGGGAAGAAAGCAAAGGUCUUCCCACGCCGCCUGGAUGCCUGUCCGAUCCAGGCGGGAGGCGGCAGCGAGGAGAUGCUCUUCUCCCGCCGCUGCUGCUCGCCGCGCCCGAUGCCGGGGAAGGCAGGCGGGAGGCGGCGGCAGGAGAAGCUCUUCUCCCGCAGCUGCCUCUUGCCGCGCAUGGCCAGCAUGGGGCGCAGCUUCAGAGACCUCCUAGGCUGUGCCCCAUGCCGGGAAAGGCAGGCAAGGCGGCGGCCGCCAGUCGCCCAGAGCCCAUAGGAACGCAUUGAUUAAGUUUCAAUGCAUCCCUAUGGGAAACUGGGACUCACUAGACGAAAUUAAUUUGUUACACGAAUUGACCCGUGGAACGAAUUAAUUUCGUCUAGCGAGGCACCACUGUAAAUAAGUGAAAUACUUGCAGGUAUAGUGACUACCUUUGAAAAACGGACAGCUGAAUUUUCUGCAUUUUAUUCAGAGCAAGCCGCAAUCAAAUACAUUCCUUCCCGCUAUGCCUGAUUAAUUUUACAUGUGAAAUUCCAUAAAUUUGAGGCACUGGAAAGAAAUGCUGGGAGGCUCUUUCCACCUUAGCUGAACUGAACUUUGAACUUUUCAAAACCCCUCUCCCAAUGAAGAGAGAAAAAUGAGGUGCUGGAACACAAACCUGCCACCGUGACCUUUAAACUAGCAGCCCGAAAGAUGGCAGGUAAGUUUUCAGCCUGUAAGCCCAAACUAUUGUUUUUGCUUGUCUUCCGUUAAAGCCAGCAGGAGGUUGGUUUGGCACAAGAGAGCUUUUUUUGGUCAGUGGUGAAUUAGGGGCACGAUAUUAUGUCUGGAGAUUGGCUGCAGAAAUAAAAAGAGUUUAAACUUUUUCUGGCUUUUUAAAUUAUACAGCCCUUAAAAGACUGCGUGUGUCCAGUGCGAAAAGAACAUUACAUCAGCAGCUGAUAACAUCGUCCAUUUCACGCUGUUACCGAAACCAAAAUGUCUUCUACAGAUCCUUAUCAGCAAAUUAUGGUGGAACACCAGUAUUCGCACGUCUUCACCGUGACGAUUAAGCAAGCCAAGAAUGUCACCAAAGGGUCUUUUGGCGACAUGCUGGACACUCCCGACCCCUAUGUGGAGCUGUUCAUCCCAACAGCCCCAGAUAGCAGAAAGAGAACGACACACAUCAACAACAAUGUGAACCCCGAGUGGAAUGAAACCUUCGAAAUGAUUUUGGACCCCAAGCAGGAAAACGUUUUGGAGAUCACUCUUAUGGAUGCAAAUUAUGUGAUGGAUGAAACAAUUGGUACAGCAACGUUCCCCAUAUCUUCUUUGAAAGUGGGAGAGAAGAAAGAUGUCUCACUCAUCAUCAAUAAAGUCAUCACCGUUACUUUGGAGUUAUCUCUUGAAGUUUGCUCAUCAACAGACCUCCGUUUCAGCAUGGCGCUGUGUGAUGAGGAAAAGACUUUCCGAGAGCAGCGGAAAACUAAAGUAAUGCACCAUCUGAACAAUUUCCUGGGGACAGACCUCACCUCUACCCGCGAUGUACCGGUGAUUGCAAUAUUGGGAUCUGGUGGUGGGUUCCGUGCCACAGUGGGGUUUGCUGGGGUGAUGAAAGCACUGUAUGAAUCUGGAAUUCUGGACUGUGCAACGUAUAUCGCUGGCUUAUCUGGAUCCACAUGGUAUAUGUCCACCUUGUACUCUCACCCAGAUUUCCCAGUAAAAGGACCAAAGGAAAUAAACGAGGAGUUGAGGAAGAGUGUCAGUCACAACCCAAUAAAGCUGCUCACUCCUCAGAAAGUUAAGCGAUAUAUUGAAGCAUUAUGGAAAAAGAAGAGGUCUGGGCAGCCUGUUACAUUUACAGAUAUCUUUGGAAUGUUGAUUGGAGAAACUCUCAUCCAAAAUAGAAUGAACAACACUUUGUCUGAUAUGAAAGAGAAAAUCAACAAAGCGCAGUCUGCUUUGCCACUCUUUACAUGCCUCCACGUUAAACCUGAUGUAUCAGAACUGAUGUUUGCAGAUUGGGUGGAAUUCAGUCCCUAUGAAAUCGGGAUGGCGAAAUAUGGUACCUUUAUGACUCCUAAUUUGUUCGGCAGCAAAUUUUUUAUGGGAACCGUAGUGGAUAAAUAUAAAGAAAACCCUUUGCAUUUCUUAAUGGGUGUCUGGGGAAGUGCAUUUGCUAUAUUAUUCAACAGAGUCCUUGGAGUUUCCAAUUCUCAAAAUAAAGGGCCUACAAUGGAAGAAGAACUAGAAAAUAUCAGGAUGCGGCACCUCGUGAGCAACGAUUCAGACAGCGAUGAUGAGUCACAGGGACCAAAAGGCUCAGAAAACCCCGAUGCUGAGAAAGAGCGUGAACAGAGCAACCAGGAGAGCUGGGUUCAGCGAAUGUUGAUGGCUCUGGUGGGCGACAGCGCCCUUUUCACCACCCGGGAAGGACGCGCAGGCAAAGUACACAACUUCAUGCUGGGCCUGAAUCUCAAUACUUGCUACCCGUAUUCUCCUUUGGCCAGCUACGGUGCUCAAGAAUCUGUGGACGAGGAUGAAAUGGAUACUGCUGUCGCAGAUCCUGAUGAGUUUGACAGGAUAAUGGAGCCAUUGGAUGUAAAGAGCAGAAAGAUUCACAUUGUGGAUAGCGGGCUUACAUUUAAUCUGCCGUACCCAAUUAUCUUAAGACCACAACGAGGGGUUGACCUUAUUAUCUCUUUUGAUUUUUCGGCACGUCCCAGCGAUUCCAGUCCUCCUUUCAAGGAAAUUUUACUUGCUGAAAAAUGGGCGAAAAUGAACAACCUUCCUUUCCCCAAAAUUGACCCAAAUGUUUUUGAUCGUGAAGGCUUAAAGGAGUGCUACGUCUUCAAACCCAAGAAUCCUGCUUCUGAGAUAUUCUGCCCAACAAUUAUCCACUUUGUUUUAGCCAAUAUAAAUUUUAGAGAAUACAAAGCACCAGGUGUUCCAAGGGAAACUCAAGAGGAGAAAGAUUUCGCUGAGUUUGAUAUUUUUGAUGACCCUGAUACACCGUUCUCCACCUUCAACUUCCAGUACCCAAAUGAGGCCUUCAGCAGACUGCACGAUCUAAUGGAGUUCAAUACCCUGAACAAUUUAAAUAUAGUCAAGCAAGCAAUAGCGGACAGUAUUGAGUACCGAAGGCAGAACCCGUCACGCUGCUCUGUAUCCCUCAGCAGCGUUGAGGCGAGGAGAUACUUCAACAAGACACAAAGCAACAACCAUACAUAGGGACCAACACAUUGCAGGCUUCGUUACUCAGAGCAGAGACUUCCUCUUCCUGGAUUGGUCAGACAGAUGUCGUGAUGAAGAAAAUCGCUUCUGGUUUAAACAGUACAGAAACACAACGUGUGCAUUUUAUAGACGUUUAAAAUGGCACUGAGUUGUCUUACAGUCGUGACAAUGUCCUAAGCCACCUUUCAAGGUAGCUCAUGUUACUACACAAAUGUGCAGCAAUAAGCGCUAGAAAAUUUUGAUACCGUUGUCUGAUGAUGAGUUCAUGUUAAUAUGCUCUGUGUACAAAAUGCCAGUUCACUCGUACAUUAGCACCAGUGGGAAUAUAAUUGGCUUGUUUAAAAUGUUACUGUUUAUUUUUUUAUUACAUAUACAUAUACAGUGGUACCUCGGUUUAUGAACACAAUUGGUUCCGGAAGUCUGUUCAUAAACUGAAGUGUUCAUAAACUGAAGCGAACUUUCCCAUUGAAAGUAAUGGAAAGUGAAUUAAUCUGUUCCAGAUGGGUCCGCGGCGUUCGUAAACCGAAAAUUCAUAAACUGAGGUGUUCAUAAACUGAGGUUCCACUGUAUAUAGAUAUGGCUGAACAUUGUUUCUUGUUAUUCUUUGACUUGGUUGGUAAAUGGGCUAGACUCCCCCCCCCUUUUUAAAUAAGGUUGAAAAUUCUGGGAUGGGGGUCUGAAAUGUCACUAAGGUGGGGGCGCAGAAAGCACUUUAUCUACAACCCUUUCAUUUGCCCUCUUCAGUAAUAUUGUAGUGUGCGGAAGAGCAACGAAAAGAAAAUCUGCACAAAGUGAUUUCUUGCUAUUGCUAACUGUCUCAAUUUGCUACAUGAAACCAUUUCGUGCAACCUUCCUUCAUGGGAUUAGAAUCACAUGAGGGGGAAACCAGGGCCCAGAUUGCUGGCCCCACUCCAUCUCAUUGCACCCCUGUCACCCCAGUAACUGUCCACAAGCUGUAGGGGAUAGUCUGCAGUAGGGAGCCUGCUCCAUUCAUGCUGGCACCUGACAUAAUUUUGAACUUUGGUCACACAGGGUUCUAAAUCUUUGGGGGAUCGUACACAUGUGUGUGGACAGGGUGGGGGAAUGCAGAUGUGGAAAUGGGGCCAGUAAGCAUGACCCCCCAUUCCUCCCCUCACACAGGCACUAUAGUAUUUCCCUCUUCUAUCAUACUGGCGCUGUAGUUUAAACCACUGAGUCUCUUGGGUUUGCCGAUCAGAAGGUUGGUGGUUCGAAUCCCUGCGACGGGCUAAGUUCCCGUUGCUCCGUCCCAGCUCCUGCCAACCUAGCACUUUCAAAGCACGCCAGUGCAAGUAGAUAAAUAGGUACCGCUGCAGUGGGAAGGUAAACGCCGUUUCCGUGCACUCUGGUUCCUGUCACAGUGUUCCAUUGCGCCAGAAGCGGUUUAGUCCUGUUGGACACAUGACCCGGAAAGCUGUCUGUGGACAAAUGCCAGCUCCCUUGGCCUAAAAGCGAGAUGAGCGCCACAACCCCAUAUAUGUCUUUGGCUGGACUUGACUGUCCAGGGGUCCUUUAUACUACCAUUUCUAUGUAGCUAAAUGCCACUGUUGGAAUAUGCAAGUCUUUUAUUUGUAUCUGAUUGGUUGAAUGUUUAGGUUGUUCCAAGGCUAUGUGGCCAAGGCACCGCUCAAGCAUGCUUGGAAAGAGAUACUUGCUGCUGAAAGCCUCUUUUUUUUGCACUACUGGAAACUUUGAAGAGUUAACUACAUGGUUCUGCCAUUAGCACCUGGGAGGCAAUGUGAUGCUAGUAUUUGCCUGGAGCUGGAUGAUACAGAUUCUGGAAGGGCCACAGAGCCCUUUGGCAUCCUGAAGACGUUUUCAGUAGCAACGGCAGGUAAUCCAUUGGGCAGCAAUGAGGUUAUACUGCAAGCAGAAGAAAGGUUCUUUCUUGGUUCCUUACAAAGCCUUGUUUCAAACCUUGGACAACAAAGAAACAGUGCCUUUGAGAAAAGGACUAAGGGCUAAUUAAAGUGUCAUAUUUUAGAAUUCUCUUUUCAGGAUAGGUUGAAAUAUGGUGGACCAGUUCUCUGCAGUUGACCCUGAGUCCUCUUCACCAGAGAGCUCACGGUGAUCUACGAGCAAAAGGAUCUAGCUGAUUUGCUCUUCGCAGUGGACCGACUUUCCCAGACAUUCCCAUGACUCCUGUAAAUAAGGUUUUCAUUAUGCUUUUGCUGGAUAUUUUAUGUCUAGCUGCCUCCUUUGUUUCCCCGCAAAAAUGCAUCAUGCAGCAACCACAAGCAUUAAUCACUAGCACUGCACCCCAGUUGUGCAAAACGAGGGUGAAGUCAUAUACACCUUUCCCCCCACUUGAUGAUUGUAGUUAUUUCAUGCAGGCCCGAUUGUUGGAGAUAAAUCAACACAUUCAAGAAAUUCUGCCAGUAAAUGUAAAUUUUACCCAUGAUGACCAUAUCCAUAGCUUCGUAAUUGUUUGUCUGAAUUCAACCGUGGUCUUUUGUGUUAAUUUGCUUUUACUGUCAGAAUUUCAGCUAAUGGAUAAUGAUUCUGGUUCGUCUCCCAAGGUGCCACACUGGGCUGUUAAAUCUAAACCUAACAAUGUUAUUGUGUCAUAAGCUUUGAUGGCCAGAGGCCACUUUUUGCAUAGAUAACCGGAGUCUGGAGAGGCAACACUUUAUCAAAGCCAAAAGGCCAAGCAAUCAAAGAGACAAAAGGCUUGUCAUUAUGAGGAACACAUUUGAAUUGCUCUGCCACAUUCCUUGUUCUUAUUUAUUUAUUUAAGACUGUAAGCUGCUUUGUGGAAGUCAGAACCAAACAAAUCCAGAAUCCAGUCCAAAUGAAUGCAAGAUACAAACGUCUGGGUGCGACCCACUCCUGAUGUCAGCCACAUUGGUGUGGUUUUCCAUUAAGACUCCCCAUACCAAGUCUCUUACCAGCAACCCUGCUCUAUUCUCUUUGAGUGCUUUUCCCUACCUGGAAUUUAACUUUCGACCGUGAUAAUGGCUACUGUUAGCUUGUGAGAGCCCUUUGGUAACAACUACCUGCUAAUUUCAAGCAUUGAUCCUGAAAAACGUACGCCUUCCAUAGAGAGAAGUCUUAUAUAACCCCUUUCUACGAUUUAGUUGGAGAUGGAUACGUUCUGAUCUGGCAGAUGUACUGGAUAGCUCAGUUGGUAGAGCAUGAGACUCUUAAUCUCAGGGCCGUGGAUUCAAGCUCCACAUUGGGUGAAGGAUUCCUGAAUUGCAGGGAGUUGGGCUAAAUGACCCUCGUGGUCCCUUCCAACUCUAUGAUCUUUUUGAGAAUCGUUUUGAUAGCCAAACUUUCUGUGCUUAGCUGCCAUAUUGGGCUUUCUUCUUGCAUCUGCUGGGUCAGAAAUUUUGAAGCAUCUAGUCUCUUGAAUUCUCAACUCUGGUCUGAACUUUCUAAUUGCUUGACUUGUUUCUGUCAAAACUAUAAAUAACAAUCAUUGCUAUAAUGAGUUUUUCACAGUGAAUUAGUAGGAGCUAAACUAAAUUUGUAUAUGAUUCUGUCUGCAGUUAUUUUUUCCAACAGCUUUUCAUUCAUCAGAGAGAUUACUUAUCCAAUGGUGGCUGCAUCUAUUAUAAACAAUUCCCAUUUUUCAAUUGUCUACAAUAUGUGAAAUCUACAAGUAAGAACCUGGUAGAGCUGCUUUCUUUCUUUCUUUCUUUCUUUCUUUCUUUCUUUCUUUCUUUCUUUCUUUCUUUCUUUCUUUCUAAUACCUACUUCACCAGCCACCCUCAAAUGUUUGUAAAAUACUAAGGGAUUACUAAAACCCCUAUCCUUGAUUAAUCAAGAUUUAUGUUAGUUUUAAUUAGUACUUGUUUAAAACUGCAAGAGUAAAAUAAGUACCAUGUAUUUUACAGUUGUAUUUUAAAAGUAUUUACAGUGAAAAACAGGAAGAAGCCGGUACUACGGUAUAUUUUCAGAUAUAUCUUUUUAAAUAUUUUGUUCAUAAAUACAAUAGCACUGGCUUAUUCAGUUUUAUACAGAAUGCAAUUUUGUAUGCAUCUUUUCUGAUACUUGGAGAAUCUCCUCUGGAUCUGUGUUGUAAUAUGAAAAUAUUUGUUAUGGGGUACUUAAAACAAUAAAAUAUGAACUUCAGUAUAUUA